AUGCGCGCCCCGGUCCUCCUUGCCUCGUUGGGCCUCCUAGCAUCCGCCGCGGACUCCAAUCCAUCCGAUGCGUCGGGCAAGCCUUUCGACUGCGGCACGGGCACCAAGUCUGCAGACCAGUCUUAUCUGGACACCAUCCGAGAACUCCACGAUGGCAAAGGAAAAGGCAGCCUCGCCGCUCGUGCCGCCGAGCUUGCAGCCCGCGACGAUCCUGUCAAGAUUCAAGCCGUCUUCCACAUUAUCAUGACUGAUGCCGCCAAAGACUCCGUCACCAAUGCUAUGCCUCAAGCCCAGCUGGACUCGAUGAAUGCAUCUUACAAUCCGUACAACAUCCAGUUUGAACUGCAGAACGUGACGUGGAACACCAACGACGCUUGGGCUAUAGGUAAACCUGACGACGACAACGACAUGAAGAAGUCGCUACGUCAGGGCAGCUACCAAACACUCAACAUCUACUUCCAGACCGACCUGGCGGGCGGUGUGCUCGGCAAAUGCACCUUACCUUCCGCCCUUGGACCCAACGGCAAAGACCCGAGUGUCUUUGCUCAUGAUGGGUGCAACGUCAACGCCAACACCAUGCCCGACGGGUUGAUGGAUGGAUUCAACAAAGGCAAGACCGCCGUGCACGAGACUGGACACUGGCUGGGUCUUCUGCACACCUUUGAGGGCAAUUCAUGUGACGGCCCUGGCGACUUCAUCGACGACACACCAGUUGAGAGCACCGCGACUGACGGAUGUCCCACGGAUCCAAAGAAGCAGAGUUGCCCUGCCCAACAGAAGCCCGGAGAGUUCGACCCUAUUCAUAACUACAUGGACUACUCCAUUGACGAGUGCUAUGAAGGGUUCUCGGACCUGCAGGUACAGCGCAUGAAGAGCAUGUGGAGCAUGUUCCGCAGCGGAAAUUAG